AAAAACAUAAAGUAUUCGCUACGACAAUUCGCCAGGAUAAAAUGGAGACAAAACUGCAUGAACUUUCUCAGGUGUACGACGUUAUCGGAGAGACAAGCCGCUUGAUAAACAACCUCUACAACUUUCAAAUCUUCAUAGCGUUAAUAUGUACGUUCGUUUACGUACUGGUUUCUAUAUGGGUGCUCCUGUAUUCGUUUAAAAAAGAGAUGGUUUUUGCCGACUUGAUAUUGUCCAUUUUUUGGAGUGGUAUCAAGUUGUUCUACUUGCUGGCGUUGUCGCUUGUUUGCGACGGGUUGUUGGCGGUGCGGGAGGACACGAAGGUGCUGGUGAAUGAGCUGGUGAUGGACUAUGAGCUGCCGCCGAAUGCGCGCACGCAGGCCAAGGCGUUUAUUCAGCUGAUCGACGCGCGCCCGCUGAGCUUUCACAUUUACGAUGUGUUCACUGUCGAUAUCACUUUGAUGCUGAAGUUCAUAAGCGUUUCCACUACAUACUUAAUUAUCAUUAUACAGAUUUCAAAUUUUGUUUAA